UUCUAGUGCAGGCAGACAGAUUUUCCAUUCAUUCAAGAGAAACCCCAACAUCUGCAGUAAGCGGAAGGAACGAGCGCGAUGAGGACGAGGCGCAUCCGAUUAAAGCAAGCAGCGCUGAAAUGAUCUCCUCUCUGUCCUACACACCUCUGUUGGGGCAUUCGCUGGAAUGUACAACCAUAACGAAGAUCUAGGGUUCCACCACCUGCAGGACCGCGUUCACCAGUCUGCCCGGCAGACACCGACAGUGUUCUAGGUGUGGUGGAGGAAGGCAGACAAGUUGGAUUAAUGGGUAAUGCUACAGCGCUGGGGACACUGGAUGUGAGACUAUAGGACAGAGUCAACCUCCAGACGGAAAAAGAAGACCCAGCGAGAAUCACCAGGUAACGAUUUUGGCGUCUAAGUGGGGAAAACAAAAGUUGGAUACCAUGAGGUGGCAACUCGUCCUCCUCCUUGCGACCCACCUGCUAAGUCUACUGAACCACUGCGAAGCCGCGGCCAAGGCCAAGGGUAAAAAUCAAGGCCCGUCCAAGAAGCCUGUGAACUCUCCCAAAGGGAAGGACCUUAAUAACACAGCCGUGCCUCCGGUGGUCACCACCAGAAAGGUGAGACCUCCAGUCGUCAUGACGUACGAGAAAUGUAUGGGCUACUUCGACGUCAGCGGACAAUGGGACAAAGAAUUUGAUUGUAACCACACGGUCCACUCGUACUGCUGCGGGACGUGUUCUUUCCGGUACUGCUGCGACACGAAAAGCAAAAGGCUCGACCAGGUUUCGUGUAAGAAACCUCUAUGGACCGAGACGACCAGCACUAGCGUCAUCGACGUGGUGGAGGUCGAUGCUUACGACCCGCUCAAUGACAAAACCAACACCACGGUCUACAUCACCUGCGGGGCGAUCGCCUUCAUAUUUAUCGCUGGGGUCUUCGCCAAAGUGACUUACGACAAAGCGAGACGUCCACCUCGGGAAAUGAACAUCCACAGGGCUUUGGCUGAUAUUUUGAUCCAGCAGGGACCCAUCCCGAUUCCACAUUGUGAGCGGGAAGCCAUGUCUGCUGUUGAUAACUCUCCCAAGGAAAACACACCCGUGAGAACCUCAAAGAACCAUUACACCCCAGUGAGGACGACAAAGACCAACCACGGCACAGCCUCCCGGCGUUUCUCAGACGUGCCCACGAACAUGGAGCCCGCCGGCCACCUGAAUACCCUAGGUCACUACGGGAAGGAAAUUUAUCGAAGCGGAGGCCCCGACAUCCACAAUUUCAUCUCCUCUGGCUUUGUCACCUUGGGACGGGGACACCUGAAGGGUGACCACCAACAAAAUUAUAAUCACCUUGUUCUCAAUAAUUCAUCUCAGACCCCUACAAAUGAGAAGCCGCGCAUGAACAACAUUCUUACUUCCGCUACCGAGCCGUACGACCUGUCUUUCUCCAGAUCGUUCCAGAAUCUCUCCCACCUCCCGCCGUCCUACGAGUCGGCCGUCAAGACCAAUCCAAGUAACUAUUCUUCUCUGAAGAGAUUAACUGACAAAGAAGCUGAUGAAUAUUACAUGAGAAGAAGACAUCUCCCUGAUUUGGCAGCAAGAGGGACGCUUCCCCUCAACGUCAUUAAAAUGACACAGGAUCAGUCUAACUACAGAGAGAGACCGAGGAGGCCCGUGCGUGCCAUGUCCCAGGACAGAGUCCUGUCCCCUGAGAAAGGGAUGACUGAAGAAGGAUACGGAUUGCCCUACGACCGGAUCCUGUCGGACGAACAGCUGCUGUCAGCCGAACGCCUGCAUUCCCAAGAUCCGCUGCUGUCCCCGGACAAGGCCAUGACCCUCAAAAGGUCCGAUUUCCAGGAGAAGUCCAUGUCGAGAGCCAUCUCCCAGACAGAUGUCUUUGUCUCCACUCCUGUCUUGGAUCGAUAUAGGAUGACAAAGAUGCACUCUCAUCCUAGUGCCUCAAAUAACUUGUACAAUACGCUGGCUGUGAACCAAACAGCUGCCAAACGCCAAGCAUUUGCCUCUCGGCGGCACAAUACGGUGGAGCAACUGCAUUAUAUUCCAGGACACCACCAACAGUAUCGCACAGCCAGCAAAACAGAGGUGACUGUUUGAUAGGCCCGUGUGAAUUGUAGAUAAUCCUUAUAGACUAAAGCAGUCCCAGGACACCACAACAGUGGCCUUGAGGGCCAAGAAGACCUCUUUCACGUUUCAUAGGUCAGACCAUAUCCAUCACCCAUUCUCCCGUCUUCGUCGUUAGAGGUAUCGGGAGCAGAAGAAAGAUCCAACGGAACAGAGACGAUAAUCCAGCUUGGUUGGAUAGCUCAAGGGCUCGCGUUUUUGGGUAUACUUUCCAAACGUAAAACAAAAAUCCCUUUACGAUCAGUCAUGAGGUGCCCAGGAAAAA